UAAAGAACUAGAUGCAGUCUUCUUCAUCAAUGGAGGUUUUUUGAUUCGACUCCAAGCUCUUGCGAUUCCUGAUGUUCUGCAGCUGUUUCUUGGAACCCUUAUAACAGAGACGGUGGAGGAUCGCUUGUGAGGAAAGGAAACACAAAAAAUGGCGUCUCUUUUCAACAAAUUCCAGCAGGCUGUUGGAGUUCUUGCCAAGAGUACCACAUUUGCUAAGAACCCAAGGCAGCUGCAAUUUGAAGCUGAUGUUAACAAACUGUUUAUGUAUACAAGUUAUAAUCGGUUGGGAAGAGAAGCGGAGGAGACGGAUGCAGAAGAGAUCAUUGAGAUGGCUGGUAAAGCCACUUUAUCUGAGCAGCAGAAGCAAGUUCAAGAAAACAUUCACUACCAAGUUGAAAACUUCUGCUCUUUAAUGGAUGGAAUCCUUCUUCCUGAUGUUAGCAAGAACGAGUCGGGCUCACAAUCUACAAACCCUCCUCCUCCUCCUCGUAGAAGUGGUCUUACUUUCGCCGUUGGUAGUAGUAAUGCUUCCUCAGAUGCAGAUAAGCCUCUUGUUCCCGAGACAAAGCCUUUGAAACUCAACGAGGUCUCACAGAGAUUAAUGGAUCAAAUGGGUUAUACCCUUGAGAUCAAACCGUCUGUAAUACCUCACCAAGACGCUGGUCAAGGUUGUUUCAUCAAAGGUGAAGCAGAUGUUGGAACUGUCUUAGCCUUUUACCCUGGAGUUAUUUACUCUCCUGCUUUCUACAGAUACAUUCCCGGGUACCCGAAGGUUGAUUCACAGAACUCGUAUCUCAUUACAAGGUACGAUGGAACUGUAAUAAACGCUCAGCCUUGGGGUCUUGGGGGAGAAUCUAGGGAAGUAUGGAACGGGUCUUACACACCUAAGGUCGUAACAAACACCAAAACCGCUGUAAACGGGUCAGACAGGUUGUGGAAAGCGUUGAGCAAGCCUCUAGAAGGUUCGGGUAGAGCAAAAGAUGUUCUUGAGAGGAGAAAUCCGUUGGCUUUUGCUCACUUAGCUAACCACCCGGCGAAAGAGAUGACUCCAAACGUUAUGAUAUGUCCUUAUGACUUCCCCUUGAUGGCUAAAGAUCUGCGGCCUUACAUUCCGAAUAUAUCUUUUGGGGAUUCUGGAGAAAUAAAGAUGAAGAGAUUUGGAAGCUUCUGGUUUAAGACAGGGAGUAAAAACGGGUUAGAAGCUCCGGUUCUAAAGACACUGGUUUUGGUGGCAACGAGGGCGUUAAGUAACGAGGAACUAUUGCUGAACUACAGGCUGAGCAACUCUAAGAGACGACCAGAUUGGUAUACUCCGGUUAACGAAGAGGAGGAUCGGAGACGAUGGAGCUAAACUUGUCCACUUCUCUUUCAAACUUGAAAGGCUCUCUGUUUCAAACCAUGGUCCUCUGUCUCUGUGUUCUUUGGACUAGUAAUGCGAUGUCGUUUCGCUGAGUAUUUCACUUUUUUGGUGUUGGUAUUUUUCUUUUAAGUCUUUUUACACUGUUUCGGUUGUUGCAUAUUAACCUCAAACCGUGUGAUCCCAAGGGUUCAUUCACGGACACCACCAAGCUUGAGUUUUGAUAGGUUAUAAUAAAUUGAAAGAUUUUUACCGUGAUA